AUGAGACGAAGCUGUUUGGGCAAACUAUCAAACCCCACCAUCGGAAAUGCCACCAAGUACACACUCCGGUUAUCAUCACCCUCUGCUUUCUCCACCUCUGCCGACGGCGGCGGCGGUGGUGGCAGAGGUCGCGGCCGAGGAUCCGAUGACCCCAACACACGAUUUAGCACCCCUGGAAUCACCCAGAACGAAGACGAAUCUCCUUUCCCUUCUGGAUUUGGCCAUGGACAAGGCCGAGGAGGUAAGCCCCUCCCUUCACCUCCAAUUAUUUCCUCGUUUUCAUCUUUCGUGUCCGGUGUGAAUAGUAAUACCACCACUGCUGGCCCUGGCCGUGGCCGCGGCGGUGGCGGUGUUAAUACUACUAUUACCCCACCUCAGUUCCAGUCACAAUCCGCGUCUCCUCGCCCACAAGAACCACCCCCACAACACUCCGGAGGACCUAAAAAACCCAUUUUCUUCCUCAAGGAAGAUGCCUCCGAAUCAUUUCCGAAAACCCCAAUCCCCGGUCGGGUUAGAAAUGCAGAAGUUAGCAACCUGCCCUCGAGUAUUUUGUCUGUUUUAUCUGGUGCUGGGCGUGGGAAGCCUGCAAAAUCAUCAAAUGCUGAUGAGAAGAUUGAACAAGAAAACCGGCACAUUCGAGCCCCGGAGCAAAGAUCUGUGUUUAGGGGUAGAGGGAGAGGUGGAGAGAGCAUUGCCAGUGUAAGCUCUACCCAAACCCCGAGGUUAAGCCGCGAGGAGGCUGUCAAGAAGGCUGUAGGAAUAUUGUCGAGGGGUGGCGGUGAAGAGGAUGGUGGGAGGGGAAGAGGAGGAUUCAGAGGGAGAGGCAGACGUGGACGAGGAGGAAGGGGUGUGCGGGAUUGGAGAGGGGGGAGAGAACGAAGAGGUCGGGAUGCAGAGGAAGACUACGGGUCGGGGCUUUACCUUGGGGAUGGUACUAAUGGAGAGGAACUGGCUAAGAGGCUUGGACCUGAGAAUAUGAAUAAAUUGGUUGAAGGAUUUGAAGAGAUGAGUGGCAGAGUGUUGCCUUCGCCACUGGAAGAUGCAUACUUGGAUGGCUUCCACACUAAUAUGAUGAUAGAAUGUGAGCCGGAGUACUUGAUGGAGGAGUUUGGAACGAAUCCGGAUAUCGAUGAGAAGCCUCCCAUUUCUCUUCAAGAUGCACUUGAGAAGAUGAAGCCAUUCCUGAUGGCAUAUGAAGGAAUUCAAAAUCAAGAAGAGUGGGAGGUACACCAAGCUGCUCUUACAUUAUGCCUUGUUUUUUAUUAUCCUCUAAUGUGA